AUGUUAGCGGGUGGGAGGUGCGGCCGGGUUGCUACAGCCGGAGCUGGGCGGUGGCGGCGGCGGCAGCGGCGGUGGCAGCUGCUGCGGGCGCUGCUGGAGGAAUCUCGCGGAAUCAGAGGUGGUGGCGCAAUGGAGGGACUGGAAGAAAAUGGAAGUGUCCAAGUUGGAGAAUUGUUACCAUGCAAGAUUUGUGGAAGAACAUUCUUUCCAGUGGCAUUAAAAAAACAUGGACCUAUUUGCCAGAAAACUGCCACUAAAAAACGGAAGACUUUUGAUUCAAGCAGACAAAGAGCUGAAGGAACUGAUAUUCCAACAGUAAAGCCUCUUAAACCUAGGCCUGAACCACCAAAGAAACCAUCUAAUUGGAGAAGAAAACAUGAAGAAUUCAUUGCCACCAUAAGAGCAGCUAAAGGCCUUGAUCAGGCACUUAAAGAGGGUGGAAAACUUCCUCCUCCUCCUCCACCUUCUUAUGAUCCUGAUUAUAUUCAGUGUCCAUAUUGCCAAAGGAGGUUUAAUGAAAAUGCAGCUGAUAGACAUAUUAAUUUCUGUAAAGAACAGGCAGCACGUAUUAGUAACAAAGGCAAAUUUUCUACUGAUACCAAAGGAAAGGCAACUUCUCGGACACAGUAUAAGCCGCCUGCACUUAAAAAGUCAAAUUCUCCUGGAACUGCACCAUCAGGAUCUUCACGAUUACCACAACCAAGUGGCACUAGCAAAACUGUUGUAGGUGUGCCUUCAGGUAAAGCGUCCUCAGUUAGCAGCUCUUUGGGAAGCAAACUUCAGACCUUAUCUCCCUCCCAUAAAGGGAUAGCAGCUCCUCAUGUAGGAACUAACAUCAAACCUCGAAAUUCCACACCACCUAGUUUGGCACGAAAUCCUGCUUCAGGUGUGCUUACAAACAAAAGAAAAACAUAUACUGAGAGCUACAUAGCCAGGCCAGAUGGAGACUGUGUAUCUUCACUUAAUGGCGGAAACAUUAAAGGCAUGGAAGGAAAUUCAACAGGACACUUACCAAAAUUCUGCCAUGAGUGUGGGACUAAAUACCCUGUAGAAUGGGCAAAGUUCUGCUGUGAAUGUGGCAUUCGAAGAAUGGUUCUGUGA